UGUUUUUGUUACUGGAGUUCACUUUGGUGGCGGAGAAUGAAAAGUAGGUAUGAGUUUUCGUGACACAGAGUUCUUACCAACUAAGGUACUUAACAUCUUUCACUUCUGGCAAGCACCCUUCACGAACUAAACAAAAAUAAAUGAAAUAAUAAAUGUCCGUAUUUCUUCAAGAAUAAAACACCCACAAGCCUACCACGGAGCCAAUACCUCCUGUCUCAUCAAAUCCCCCUUUAAAAAAAGGCAAGAUACUGUGCAAAAUUAUUCCUCGCUUUUAUUUUUGGUUUAUCAAUGAAUACUCUUUAUACACUAGCCAGUAUGAAACCGGAGAUCACCGCAGCGGUAGGAUUUCUAUCGAGAUUUCUGAGGACAAAGGGACUCGUAAAUGAGCGACAGUUGCAAACAUUCAGCCAGUCUCUUCAGGAUCUGCUGUCAGAACAGUACAAACAUCACUGGUUCCCAGACAGACCCUGCAAAGGCUCAGGCUACCGCUGUAUCCGUAUCAACCACAAAAUGGACCCAGUGAUAGGGCAGGCAGCCCAGAGAAUUGGCUUAAGUAUCCAGCAGCUCUAUCAGCUGCUCCCCAGCGAGCUCACCCUCUGGGUGGAUCCCUUCGAAGUCUCCUACCGCAUCGGGGAGGAUGGUUCCAUUUGCGUACUGUACGAAUCACAGCCAGCAAUCAGCAGCCAGAUCCCAGUGUCCAGCAGCUUGCAAAUGGUGGAGAGUCACUUCAGCUGCAAGGAAGAACUGCGCUUGGGCAGAACCAUCCCUUCUAAAACAUACAACAUGAUGACUGUGUCCAGUUAGGCAUGGAAGUCUGAUAUGUAAUCUGUGGUCUGGGGGAUGGAAAACCUUGCAGGUUAUCUUUUUUUUUUUUUUUUUUUUUUUUUUUUUUUUUUUUUUUUUUUUUGUGGCUUCCUUUUGGGGAAGGAUUCUGGAACCCAAGACGUUGCAGCUGUGAAGAUCUAAGACACUUAUUUCCAUGUGAGAAAUAACAAUGACAGUGACUACUGCCACAAUUGGAAAUUGAUACAGGCAGCCUAUAUAUGUAGACUUUGCACUUUUGUAUAUUUUUUCUAAGAGUAAGGAAUUACUUUCAGGAUAUUUCCUAGAGUCUUCAUUUGCUAAAGACACUUUAAGAACACUGGUUUAAAGAUCCUGGAAGUAUUUCCUUGCAUCUCCUGAAGUCCAUAACUUGGUCCCAUCAGUACCAGACAUUCAUCGUUGUUUGUAAAUUUUCUCUCCAUUCAAUAUGUGAGUUUCUUGGACCUUUGACAGUUAUUAAUGUCUGGUACUGCUGGGACCAAUUUCAUUAUGUUCCAGGAUACUUCUUAUCAUUCAGAAAUGUGUGUGUGUGUGUCUCUCUCUCUCUCUCUCUCUCUCUCUCUCCUCUCUCUCUCUCUCUCUCUCUCU